AUGCCAUUCCCAAGCCUGAUGCCACAACGACUGACCAUGGAAGGUAUGAUCGAAAACGCGAACAAUGUCCUCGAUCACGCUGCCACGGUGGACCGCAACGGAUCCCUCGCUACUCUGUUUCAAAAAGCAAAAGGAGUCAUGAUGAUUUCCGUAGUAGAGAGUGCCGUCAUUAUUAAGGGGGCAGCAGGAACUGGUAUAUGCAUGGUCGAGGAUGAAGCUACUGGCAAAUGGAGCGCCCCCUGCUCUUGUGGGUUGGCUGCCACGGGAUAUGGACUGGCGGUCGGAGCGCAAGUGACAGAUAUGAUCAUCUUUGCCUUUGACGAAAAGAGCGUACGAUCCUUUACGAGCAAAACUGGAUUAAAGGUGAAUGCCGGUACUCAAGCGACAUUGGGCACCUAUGGUGUUGGUGCUGAUGCCAAUCUCAAUGUUUCUGCCAGUGGAAUAGGUGCUGAUGGGAACGUUGCCAACUAUAGAAAAGGCGGUACCGCGACGAUUGCCUUCAGCAAGGGAGCCUUUGCGAGUGCAGGCAUCUCAGGAGCGAUAGUUGGACCCAGAGAUCAUGUCAAUCAUGGAUUCUACGGGAAAAAAGAUUUGACCGCUCAACAAAUUCUCUUUGGUGGAACGGACGCCGAUCAGUUGUUACCCAAGGACAAACAAACAGCUGCCUUGAAAGAACUGUACAAAAAGCUUGAUUUGUUUUCCAAGGGCCAAGUUGAAAAGGUGAAUCCUGAGAUAUUCGAACAAACCGCCGGAGACGUACCAGAGGCCAACAUCAACUUGAUUGAAAGCGUAGCCAAUGAGGUUAUCGAGCAGUUAGAUGACAGACCACCCCAAACCGGAGAAAUUGAGUUUAAAUCAUAA